AUGGGGGGUGCCAAGGGGAAGCCCCCCGAGGGUGCUCAGCACCCCACGGGGCGGAGGAUCAGCCUCGCCAUCGAGGGUUCGGUGCUGCUCCUCCCCGCGUUCGCCCCGCACGCCUCCGCACGGGCGCUGCUCGGGAGUGCCGGGGUGCUGCCGUGCCGGGGGGGCCGUGGGUUGGGGGGUCCCCGUCACCCGGAGGGGUCCCGGCUGACGGGGGCCGCUGUGCCUCGCAGCGGGCUGUCGCAGGAGGCGGGCAGCGUGGAGCAGCUCUCCCUGCACUGCGCCGAGGGCUCACUGGAAUGGCUGUACCCCACCGGGGCCCUGCGCCUCCGCCUGGCCCCCCGCUUGCCCCCCGCCGCCGCCUCCGCCAAGGGCAGGAGCCCCCGGCACGUCACCGCCUGCGUUAAACCCGCCGGCACCUUUCGGGGGGCUCAGCUCUACCUGGAGAGGGAGGGGGUGCUGGAGCUGCUGCUGCCGGAGGCCCCCCGACCCCGCGUCCGCUGCUUCAGCUGGCUGGCCCGGGAGGAGGGGGCUCUCUUCCUAUGGGGACGGGGACAGGGACAGGAACAGAGAUGGGGAUAAAGAUGGGGAUGGGGACGGGGACACACUGACACCCCUCCCUGCCUUCCCCCCGCAGUGAUCCGCGGCAGCAUCCGGAGCGUCUCCAACGACGUGGAGCUGCAGGAAUCCGUCAUCGGGGUGAGCGCCGCCCGCAUCCACCGCCAAAAAUUCCCCCUCUUCCAGGCGGGGGGGCGGCCGGGGCGGCCGGUGGGCAGCAUCCGCACCCCGCUGCGCUGCGGCGUCAAGCCAGGCCCCGGCACCUUCCUCUUCACCGGGUGGCUGCAUUUUGGCGAAGCCUGGCUGAGCUGCGCGCCCCGCUAUAGGGACUUCCAGCGCAUCUACGAGGGGGCGCGGCGCACGCGCCAGAACCCCUGCGAGUUCCCCAUGGACUGA